GCCCGGCGGGGAGUGGGGACCGGCGGGCGGUGUCCUUGCAGCGCUGCAUUGAAGGGAGGGUGCAGCCCAGGCGCUGGGAGGAUCUGAGGGGCGUGAAGAUGCUGCUGGACUUGAACCUCAGUUUUGCUCCAGGACAGAAUCAUCUCAGAGACAUUAUUGAUGCUCUAAUAAGUAUAAGCAAUGACAAAAGAAAUGAUGGAAGAGUUCCACCCUUCUCUAAUGAUAAAAUAAUAAGUACUGUGAAUGACAUCUUUGGAGCUGAUGGAAAGAUUAGACUCGGGUCAUCAAGAUUUGAUGACAGGAAAGAUUUGCAUUAUACAGAAGCUUUCAUAAGUGAAAUCUUAAGGCAUACUUCAUUUAUACCAUUUAUCAUUCCCCACCGGAAAGGUAAAAUACAUGAAGGAAAUUAAGGAAUUCUAAUACUAUUAUGACAGUACAUCAGUCAUAGCUUAAAAUGAACACCAGAUACUUAGCUGGUGUCAAUUCAUGGAGCUCCAUGGAAGUAAAAUAGAACUACACCUAUUUACACCAACUGUCUUCGUAUUAUACCAUAGACAUUAAGGGCCUGAUUCUGAUCUCAUUUAUACCAGUGUACAGCAAGAGUAACUCAAGUCAGUUGUGUUACACCAGUGUCAAUGGGUGUGAAAUCAGAUUAGGCCUUUGGU